CAUUAUAUUCCUUCUCUACAACAUAAAAAAAUGCUAAAAACAGAACAGAAGCACAUUAGCCUAUACCUCUCAAACGAAUAGUUAAAAUAAACAAAAAUGACUAAAUAAAUUUUAUUAUUUUGUCAUACGAAAAUAUAAUUCAUUUGCAAUCCUAUGAUUAAUUAACUUUAGAGAUUAAUAAUAAAAUAGAAAUAAAACAUAAAAUUUUGGAUUUAAAUUCCGAUUCAAAAUAAAUUAAAAAAUUACUUAUAUUAAUGGUUGCUGAAUUUUCAUUUAAAAUAUUAACAUACUUAGGUGUUUGGAGACCACAAUCACUUACAUCAAAAUGGUCCAUUCGUAUUUACAAUAUUUGUACAUUUAUUAUGUUGUCUUUUGAACAAUAUUUUGCACUUACUUUGAUAAUUUAUCUUUUUCAAAAUAUUCAUAAUACAGAAAUUGUUUUACAAAGUAUAUUUACUUUUUCUUCAAUAUUUAUGAUAGCUUUUAAAGUAACAUAUAUCAAUGUAUACCGAGAGGAAGUGAUUUCCUUUAUAAACAUGUUUAUGAAUAAAAAGUGUUUACCUCGAAAUAAGGAUGAAGUUAAAAUUUAUAAAACACUUCACGAGAAAGAAAGAUUACAUUCACGAAUUUUUGUGUUUUCGCUUUUUUUUGCGGCCUUUUGUUAUACGUUACAACCACUAACAUCGAAAAUAGUAAAUUCAUUACCAAUUAUGGGUUACCUUCCUUUUGCUAUUAAUUCAAGAAGGCGAUUUUGGAUAGCCUAUUUUUAUCAAUGCAUUUCAGGUUAUUUGUCAGUUAUUUUAUUUGCUUCAAUAGAAAUGCUUCCAAUCAAUAUAAUGCAACAAAUUUGUAUUCAAUUGGAAUUUCUAAUGAAUCGACUUCUUGCAAUUCCAAAUUUAAGGAACACCAAAUAUUCACGUUUAAAUAUUUAUAAAGAGGAGUACAAUCUUUUAAAGGAGUGUAUAAAUCAUCACGAAUUUAUUUUUUCAUUGGAGAAACAGUUAAACAGAAUUUUUGGUGUUUUGAUCUCCAUGCAAUUUUUUGUAUCCAUGUUAAAUUUGUGCACAUCUGGUUAUUAUAUGACAAAAGUGAAUGUGGAUAAUCCAAAUUUUUGGUCAGCCCUAAUCAUUUUAACUAAUUAUAUUUCUCACAUUUUUCUUUAUUGUAUUUUUGGAGAAAUCAUGACUCGUAAGAGUUUGUAUGUUGUUGAUGUAAUAUACAAAAUGGACUGGAACUUGCUGUCAAUAGAAACAAAACAAACAUUGUUAAUACUAAUGAUACGAGCUAGUCGGCCAAUGAAACUAACGGGAUCGUCAUUAAUUAUAAUGUCUGUUGAAACAUUUUUAAAGAUUCUGAAAACUUCAUAUUCUGCUUAUAAUUUAUUAAGAAAUACAAAUAAAUAAUAUCACCACUUUGCACUGACAUAAACAAUUUAUUGGAAAAUUAAUUAAACUCCGAAUAAUGAAGAAAAUAUAAAAUAUAAUGCAACAUGCAAGUAAUAAAAUAUUCAAUACGAAAAAUAAAAUCUUUGAA